UUACACAUUUGUCGCAUCCUCAGUUUAUUUGGGGGCUUAUGAUAGUGAGGAAGAUGCAGCACGAACCUAUGAUCUCGCAGCACUCAAGUACUGGGGCACCCAGACCACCUUGAAUUUUGCGAUGGAUCGAUAUGAGAAAGAGAUUGAAGAGAUGAAGAAGGCGACCAAGGAAGAGUACUUGGCUUGCCUACGGCGGCAGAGCAGUGGAUUCUCGAGGGGAGUUUCGAAAUACAGAGGGGUGGCUAGGCAUCACCACAAUGGUAAAUGGGAAGCGCGAAUUGGUCGAGUUUUCGGCAACAAAUAUCUCUAUUUAGGAACUUACGAGACACAAGAGGAAGCAGCAGCAGCAUAUGACAUGGCAGCAUUGGAGUACAGGGGGGCUAAUGCCGUCACCAAUUUCGAGGUCAGCCGUUACAUAGAACGUUUGAAGCAGAAAGGGAUUUUGUCUCUCGAUCAACCGCAAGGACAAAGUACCGAAUCCGCUGAAGCUCGACCGAUAGAACCUGAAGAAAUAGAACCACCACCGCAGCAACAGCAACAAGGAGUAGAAGAAGCUGUUGAUAUAGCUCAACUUUUUCAGUACAUGCAAACGCAGCUGCCUCUAUGUGUUGACAACGCGACUAUGUUAAGAACGGAGACGACCGAUGGCAACGAGCUAGCGUGGAGUUUCUGCAUGGACUCAGGGUUGACAUCGUUUUUCGCUCCAGACUUCACUCUCUAGAAAACUGGCGAAUUAAACGCUAACAUUGACUUGAUAUUCGACAUGGGGCAUGAAGAUAACGCAGCCAAGUGGGAAUGGCCCGUUGGAUGAUGCAAGUUGCAGUGUCGACGUUGGUGCAUCCGUGAACAUGCAAGGAAGAUGAGGUAAUAAAUUAGAUUGAGUGAAGCGUAGCGAAACAAAGAUUAAUAAAUCCAAUAAACAUGGAGGUGGUAAUAAUUUUUAAGAUUAUACUUCUUUAGUAACGUGAAACGCAUAAUUGGAUAGAGUAAAUUAAU